AUGAACCAUGUAUGGCUAGUAACCCUAAUCAUCCUGCUCCACCUCUUUGUGAGGUGCACAUGUUACCAAAUGAUAUACGUAGCUUUCCUCCACAAGAAAAAUGACUCCAGCGAGCUGAACAACCUGUCCUGUUCCUGGAGAUACUACUGCCUAGAGGAAUUUCACUUCUGCGAAUACGGCUGUAGUUUUAAGAAAAAUCUGAAGGCAGGAUACAACCUGCUUAACACCAACAAUUUGAGAGAAAACUGCUUCAUCCAUGUCGAAUGCGAGAAUCACCAGAUUUACUUCGACUCCGAGGAUCCAGUGCACUUUCUCUUUUUCGCGAAGCCCUUCUUCCGCGUCAACCGGGACUUCACCCUGUAUGUGCACCUGGUUCAGAGGAACAACGGAGCAGGCGAAAAUGCGCACCAUGGGAAUGAACCAGCGGGGACUACCAUCUGGAGAGGACUGCACCUCACCUGGGAAAAAAUAAAUAAGUGGAGACAAUCCAUAUCGAAGAAACAUAAAAGGAGUUUAAUAAAGUUGUUAAUUUGCCUCAUUUUAAUUCACAUGAUUUUUUUUUAUCUCUAUAUAUACACGUACUUGUACUUGGACAAGCAGGAGGAGGUGUAG